AUGGACUCUGCAACGGAGGUGGAACACAUAAAGAAGCUGGCCAAGGAGGCCGAGUGCUUGAAGAUACGCUUGGAGGAUGAGCGGCAGAAGCUGAACGAUAUUACACUCGCCAGUGUAGCCGAUAAGCUUGAAGCAAUUAAUUGUAUAAACGUGAAACCCAGACGUAUCCUAAAGGGACAUCAAGCCAAAGUUUUAUGUUCCGACUGGUCCUGCGACAAGCGUCAUAUCGUUUCCUCUUCACAGGACGGAAGAAUGAUUAUAUGGGAUGCCUUUACGACAAACAAAGAAUACGCUGUUAGCAUGCCAACCAGGUGGGUGAUGGCGUGUGCUUAUGGCCCCAGCGGCACUUUAGUAGCGUGCGGAGGCCUGGACAACAAGGUUACGGUGUACCCCUUGAACCAGGAGGACGAUGUGUCGGCUCACAAGAAGACCGUUGGCACGCACACGUCGUACAUGUCCUGCUGCGCGUUUCCCAACAGCGAUCAGCAGAUCCUGACAGGCAGCGGGGACAGCACGUGCGGCUUGUGGGACGUGGAGAGCGGACAGUUGCUACAGAGUUUCCAGGGACAUUCCAGCGACGUCAUGUCCAUCGAUCUAGCACCGAGUGAAACUGGAAACACGUUCGUAUCGGGUGGCUGUGACAAAUUGGUCCUGAUCUGGGACAUGCGCAGUGGUCAGUGCGUCCAGAGCUUCGAGGGACAUCAGUCCGACGUCAACUCGGUGAGAUUUCAUCCCGGUGGUGAUGCGGUGGCGACAGGCUCGGACGAUGCGACCUGCCGCUUAUUCGACCUGCGCGCCGACAGAGAAAUCGCAGUGUACGCGAAGGAGAGCAUAAUAUUCGGAGCAAACGCGGUCGAUCUCAGUGUGAGCGGACGUUUGCUCUUCGCUGGCUACAACGAUUACACGGUGAAUGCGUGGGACACCCUCAAGUGUCAACGUGUCGCGCUGCUGUACGGGCACGAGAACCGAGUCUCGUGCCUGAGGGUCUCCCCGGAUGGUACUGCCCUGUCCACUGGAAGCUGGGACUCGACCCUGCGAGUUUGGGCUUAGCUUCACGAUCGUUGCCAGCGUUUUAAACGUGUCGAGAUACUCCCGCUACCGCCGCAGCACGUGAUUACCGUUUCUUAUCUUCAUUUUAUUUAUUUAUUUAUUGCCUCCUCGAAAUACUUUGGCAUUUUAUUUAUUUGUUUCCGUCAUACCGAUAUGUAUGAUGUAUGUAUGAUCCAUCUGUUGUGCAUAUAACAGCAAGCAUUGCUAUGCCGUGUGCGGAAUGUAAUCCAAUAAUGUGUAACUUGACUACAGUAAUGUGAUAAUAUUGAUAAAGUUGCAUUAGGCUGGUCCUAAUUUACA